UCCUUGCAGGUGUCUCCAUGUCUCAGCUGUGCAGCUCCUGGGACUUAGACCAGCAAAGCAUGGCGUACCUCCCCGAUGCAGAGAUGGACACCAUGGCUGCCAGCACAUCCCUCCCCGACCCGGCCGCUGAGUUUGAUCGCAACGUGCCCCGAAUCUGUGGGGUGUGUGGGGACAGAGCCACCGGCUUCCACUUCAACGCCAUGACCUGCGAGGGCUGCAAGGGCUUCUUCAGGAGAAGCAUGAAGAGGAAAGCGAUGUUCACCUGUCCGUUCAACGGGGACUGCAAAAUCACCAAGGACAACCGGCGGCACUGCCAGGCCUGCCGGCUGAAACGCUGCGUGGACAUCGGGAUGAUGAAGGAGUUCAUCCUGACGGAUGAGGAGGUGCAGAGGAAGCGUGAGAUGAUCCUGAAGCGCAAAGAGGAGGAAGCGCUGAAGGAGAGCCUGAAGCCCAAGCUGUCGGAGGAGCAGCAGAAAGUCAUUGACAUCCUCCUCGAGGCCCACCACAAAACUUUCGACACCACUUACUCCGACUUCAACAAGUUUCGGCCCCCUGUGAGAAGCAAAGUCAGCAGCAAUACAGCAACGCAAUCCUCCUGUGUCGUGUCCCAGGAUUUCUCCUCGGAGGACCCCAAUGAUGUUUUUGGCUCUGAUGCCUUCGGUGCAUUCCCAGAGCCCAUGGAGCCCCCGAUGUUUUCCAACCUGGAUCUUUCCGAGGAGAGCGAUGAGACCCCCUCCAUGAGCAUCGAGCUGCCCCAGCUCCCCAUGCUCCCACACUUGGCUGACCUGGUCAGCUACAGCAUACAGAAGGUGAUCGGCUUCGCCAAAAUGAUCCCCGGAUUCAGGGAUCUGAAUGCAGAGGAUCAGAUUGCCCUGCUGAAAUCCAGCGCCAUUGAGGUGAUCAUGCUGCGCUCCAACCAGUCCUUCACCUUGGAGGACAUGUCGUGGACCUGUGGAAGCAAUGACUUCAAGUACAAAGUCAGCGAUGUCACCCAAGCCGGCCACAGCAUGGAGCUCCUCGAGCCGCUCGUGAAGUUCCAGGUGGGCUUGAAGAAGCUGAACCUUCACGAGGAAGAGCACGUGCUCCUCAUGGCCAUCUGCAUCCUGUCCCCAGAUCGACCCGGCGUUCAGGACACCUCGCUGGUGGAGUCCAUCCAGGACCGCCUCUCGGACAUCCUGCAGACCUACAUCCGCUGCAGGCACCCCCCGCCCGGCAGCCGCCUGCUGUACGCCAAGAUGAUCCAGAAGCUGGCCGACCUGCGCAGCCUCAACGAGGAGCACUCCAAGCAGUACCGCUGCCUCUCCUUCCAGCCCGAGCACAGCAUGCAGCUCACGCCCUUGGUGCUCGAGGUCUUCGGCAACGAGAUCUCCUGAUUCCAGCCGUGGGUUUGAACACCCGCGUCUAAAGGGAUAAGUCAGCCUUGGUCCCGAGAGGAGGGCUGUGACCCUGGGAGGAGGUUGUACAUAGUUUGGUUUCACACUACUGCAGGUCCUGCUUUGUUUUCUUAGCCACAGCAGCCGAGGUUUGCUCGCUGCAGACCCAGAUCUGUGCAUUUCCCCCCCCCCCCCAUGAGUGCUUCUUUCACUCGUCUGCAAGAGCUGACUUAUCCCUUUAUGGAUGUUUUGAGGCUGGGCUGCCUUGAACCACUUUUUUUCUGACCAGAAACUGGGGCUGCUCGGAAGGAGAGGCUCAGGUUUUGCAGAUUCAUGGCACUGGGGAACCAUCGAUGGCAUCUGUUGAACCUGAGGGACCCCUCCGCUCACCCCCAACUUGAGAAAUGUGAUGCUGAUGGAAUUGCACACCCCAGAUCCAUGC